ACUUUAAAACGAAAUAACUUCGAAAAUACAAAUUUUUCUCAACAACACUCAGAGUAAAAGAUGUUUUAUACGACACAUUCUACCGAAUCGGAUCGGAUCGGAUCGAUGGAAAGGUUCCGUUUAUAUGAGUCAUCUCAUCAAUUGUCUCUCUUUAACACUUUCAUUUUCGUAUUUCUCCCGUGAUAUCUUGAAAAUUUGUGGACGAUUUCAGGCGAGCGAUUCCCUAAACUAGGUUUUCACACCCGGAAAAACGGUUUAGAAAAUUAUUUUCACAGAUCAUGGACAUUCUAAAGUUCUGUUUGUCUGCAUUAUUUUGUUUGGCAAGUGCGGCAAGUUAUGAAAUUAAGCAAAGUGGAACUGCUGUGCUCAAUGGAAACGUCACCCUUUCGAUAACAAUAUCUGAUAUGGAACGACCGGUGGUUUGGAAGUGCGACAAUUAUAAAUAUGAAUGUGACAGGACAUGCGCUGAUGGCACUGACUAUAAAGUAACACAUAGUGGAGAUACCUCCAAGCUUUGGAUCAGAAAAGUAACUGAGAAAUGUUUGACUUGGAAAUUCGAAGAUGAGAACCUUAAUGUUGGAAAAAUUGAUUUGGAUAUAAAGAGUUUGUCAAGGGCACAAAAGUAUAAGAUCACCCAAAGUGGACCUGCUGUGCUCAAUGGAAACCUCACCCUUUCGAUAACAAUACCGAACAUGAAACGACCGGUGGUUUGGAAGUGCCACAAUUAUAAAUAUGAAUGUGACAGGACAUGCGCUGAUGGCCAUGACUAUAAAGUGACUCAUUUAGGAGAUACCUCCACGCUUUGGAUCAAAAAAGUAACUAAGAAAUGUUCGACUUGGAAAUUCGAAGAUGACAACCUUAAUAUUGGAAGAAUUAAUUUGAAGAUAAAGAGUUUCUCAAGUGCAAACAUUUACAAGAUCACCCAAAGUGGAAUUGCUGUGCUCAAUGGAUGUCUCACCCUUUCGAUAACAAUACCUAAUAUGAAACGACCGGUGGUUUGGAAGUGCGACAAUUAUAAAUAUGAAUGUGACAGGACAUGCGCUGAUGGCCCUGACUAUAAAGUGACACAGGAUGGAAAUACCUCCACGCUUUGGAUCAAAAAAGUAACUAAGGAAUGUUCGACUUGGAAAUUUGAUGAUGACAACCUUAAUGCUGCAGACAUUGAUUUGAAGAUAAAGAGUUUCUCAAGUGCAAACAUUUACAAGAUCACCCAAAGUGGAAUUGCUGUGCUCAAUGGAUGUCUCACCCUUUCGAUAACAAUACCUGAUAUGAAACGACCGGUGGUUUGGAAGUGCGACAAUUAUAAAUAUGAAUGUGACAAGACAUGCCCUGAUGGCCCUGACUAUAAAGUGACACAGGAUGGAAAUACCUCCACGCUUUGGAUCAAAAAAGUAACUAAGGAAUGUUCAACUUGGAAAUUUGAUGAUGACAACCUUAAUGUUGGAAAAAUUAAUUUGGAGAUAAAGAGUUUCUCAAGUGAUAGCAUUUAUGAGAUCUACCAAAGUGGAACUGCUGAGCUCUAUAGAGAUCUCAACCUUGAGAUAUAUGUACCAAACAUGAAACGACCGGUGGCUUGGAUUUGCCAGGAUAAUAGAUAUGAAUGUGACAGGACAUGCGCUGAUGGCCCUGACUAUAAAGUGACACAGAUAGCAAGUAUCUCCAAGCUUUGGAUCAAAAACGUAACUAAGGAAUGUUUGACUUGGAGAUUUGAAGACGACAACCUUAAAGUUGGAAGAAUUGAUUUGAAGAUAAAGAAUCCGAAACCUGAACCUCCUAAACCAAAAACCUACAGUAUACUUGAGAUUGUCGGAAUCAGUUUUGGCUCACUGAUCCUUGCUGCAAUCCUUGUCGGACUCGCUUUCUUUGGCUAUAAAUAUUUUACAAAAUAACCAUCAGUAUAAGAACACUACAAUUUGUGUUCUUUUCAUCAUCAUCAUCGUUUAGCAUCUGCUUUCCAUGUUAGCAUGUGUUGGACGGUUCAACUGAUGUCUGGAAAGAAGAAAUAAUUCUGUUUAUCAGAAUAAGACUUUCACUGACUGCAUUGGCAUAGUUGGUUUUUUUAAAUAAAUUAUAUCCAUAUUUUAGCAAUAUUUUUUCCAAAACUCUGCUCCGUCUUUUACUGGAAGUUUAAAAAUCUUAAAAGCUAUUAACUGUAUAUUUAUCAACUUAGGACAACAACUAAUUUCAUUUAUAUAAUUAACAGACAAAACUACAUCAAUACACUAAACUCGAAAUCAAUAAAUUUGAAACCGAAGGAGCUGAAGGGAAAAACACAAACAGAAAAGGUCCACUUUUGAAAAAAGAAACAAAGUCGGUGGGGUACAUUUGCAUAUGUAUACCCAUUGCUUUAGCAUAAAUAUCUUCAAUUAUAAUCAAAGGGUCACUGCUUCCGUAGCCAACGAGAACAAAAUCCUUAAGAAUAGGAAAUGAAGUGUGACCCAUUUCUUCCACCUGUGACAUUUGCCACAGUGAAGUUCUUACCAUUGUUGGCGCCUCGCCUUACAGAAUGCAUUCGGUGAUCCCUAUAAGGGUACUUGCUGCACCUCCUGUUUGUGUUCUUUUGGUUUAGGAUUUGUAUUUUAAUGUGGUAUUGUAUUAUACGUGUAUCAUGUAAAGACAUGUUAUAUAAGAUAAAAACAACAGAAAAAUAAGCAAACAAAAUCAAAAUAUUUACUUAUUAAAAAAAAUAAAAACUCUUUACAGAAUUUGCAAGAAAAAUACGAGAUGGUAUCAAAAAGUUCUCAGACAAGCUAUGUUUCAUAAAAAUUACUAAUUUACCAAAGUUUUAACAACAUCUCCUGUGAAAUACUCACCUUUCACAGUAAUACACUGGCCCCAGAAUUCCUACUGCUUCAGGAAUCUGUCCUGGAAGUUGUUUUCUGUAAGCAAGUCAAGGACCUUUUGUGAUUUUAUUUCCUUUUCUGUAUAAUUGUUUAUUUAUUUUUAUAUCUGAAACGCUGAUUAUUUCUUGCAUAAAAUUAUAAAUUAUU